AUGAUCUUUGUGUUACAGGUGAGAGGACUUCCUGCUUUCAUCGUCACCAUGUUAGUGGCUCCUCUCCUGCUGCUGCUCUUUCCGUUUCCCCCGUCGUCAGCAGCGCAGCUGCCAAAUGACGGCAAAGCCAAAGAACCCCCCGUAGCCACCAAUGGCCAGCCGUUCCCCUGGGACCGCAUGCGACUGCCCAAAACCAUCUCCCCGCUCCACUACGACCUGACCAUCCACCCCAACCUGACCACCCUCAGCUUCACCGGCAUCGUUCGCAUCGAGCUGGACGUGCAUGAGGACACCAGCAUGAUCGUCCUCCACGCCAAGGAGAUGCAGAUAUCCAGUGUGCGGCUCCUGGCGCCUGACGGUGCGAGGCCUCUUCAGGUGUUGGAGUGCCCUCAUUUCCAUCAGCUCGCCCUGCUGUCGGACACGGUGCUGACUAAAGGUGCGAAGUAUGAGGUGCAGCUGGGGUUCGCUGCCAACUUGUCUGACAGCUUCCACGGUUUCUACAAGAGCAGCUACCGCACCAGCAGUGGGGAAGUCCGGGUCCUGGCGUCCACGCAGUUCGAAGCAACCUUUGCCCGCGGAGCCUUCCCCUGUUUUGAUGAGCCCGCCUUCAAGGCCAACUUCACCAUACAGAUCACACGAGAGCCACGCCACAUAGCCGUAUCCAACAUGCCUAAGGUUAGAACAGUGGAGUUGCCCGGCGGCUUGCUUCAGGAUCACUUUGACACCACUGUGAAGAUGAGCACUUACCUGGUGGCCUACAUUGUGUCUGAUUUCCUGUCUGUGAGCAAGACCACCCAGCACGGCGUCAAGAUUUCAGUCUACGCUGUACCUGAGAAGAUCGACCAGACGUCCUUUGCACUGGAUGCCGCUGUCAAGCUGUUGGACUUCUAUGACGACUACUUCGAUAUUCCGUACCCGCUUCCUAAACAGGACCUGGCUGCUAUCCCUGACUUCCAGUCAGGUGCGAUGGAGAACUGGGGGCUGACCACCUACAGAGAGACAGGCCUCCUCUUCGACGCCGAAAAGUCCUCCGUUUCAGACAAGCUGGCCAUCACCAAGGUCAUCGCCCAUGAGCUCGCACACCAGUGGUUCGGGAACCUGGUGACGAUGGAGUGGUGGAAUGACCUGUGGCUCAACGAGGGUUUCGCCAAGUUCAUGGAGUUUAUUUCUCUCGACGCCACCUACCCAGAGCUGCAUGUGGAUGACUUCUUCUUGGGGAAAUGCUUUGAGGCUAUGGAGGUAGACUCCCUCAGCUCCUCCCACCCUAUCUCCACCCCCGUGGAGAACCCCAUGCAGAUCCAGGAGAUGUUCGACGAUGUGUCAUACGACAAGGGAGCAUGUAUUCUGAAUAUGCUGCGGGACUUCCUGACUCCAGAGGCCUUUGAGAUAGGCAUCAUCAAAUACCUCAAGCGCUACAGCUACCAAAACACCGUCAACAGCCACCUGUGGGAGAGCCUAACUAAUAUCUGCACCUCAGACGAUCUGGACGAAGGCCGAAUGAAACACAGACAAUUCUGCUCCAAACGCAACCUCCCCUCUGGAUCCUCUAAAUGGUACUCGGGUGAUGAGCUGGACGUCAGGGCCAUCAUGGACACCUGGACGCUGCAAGAGGGCUUCCCGCUGGUCACUGUGGCGGUCAGAGGUCGCGAGGUCAGGCUCAGUCAGGAGCGUUACCUGAAGACGGAUGACCCCUCCCUCACUGAAGGAUUCCUGUGGCAGAUCCCACUGACCUACAUGACCAGCGCCUCCAGCACCAUCCACCGCUUCCUGCUUAAAACGAAGACUGACGUCCUGUACCUGCCAGAGGAGGUGGACUGGGUGAAGUUCAAUGUGGACAUGAGCGGCUACUACAUGGUCCACUACGCAGGCGAGGGGUGGAGCUCCAUUAUCAGACUGCUGCAGCACAACCACACAGCCCUGACCAGCAACGAUCGCGCCAGCCUCAUCCACAACGUCUUCCAGCUGGUCAGUGUAGGGAAGGUGAGGUUGGACACAGCUCUGGAGCUAUCGCUGUACCUGUCCAAAGAGACGGAGAUCAUGGCCGUGACUCAGGGCUUUGGAGAACUUGUACCUCUGUACAAACUGAUGGAGAAGAGAGACAUGGCCGCUCUGGAGAACCAGAUGAAGGACUACAUUGUGGAUCUGUUCCGGGGGCUGAUUGAUCGGCAGGAGUGGACUGACUCUGGGUCAGUGUCUGAGCGAGUACUCAGGAGUUACCUGCUGCUGUUCGCCUGCGUCAGGAACCACGCUCCCUGUGUGACCAAAGCCACCCAGCUCUUCAACAAGUGGAAGGACUCUGAUGGCAACAUUAGCCUCCCUGUCGACGUCACAAUGGCUGUGUUUGUGAUCGGAGCUCGAACACCAGAGGGGUGGGACUUCAUGUUUGAGAAGUACCGGCAUUCGAUGCAAAUGUCCGUCAAGAGCCGCUUAAAAAUCGCCAUGACAGUCAGCCCACUGCGGGACAAGCUCAAGUGGAUGAUGGAGCAGAGCCUCCAGGGUGAGGUGAUGAAGACCCAGGACCUCCCUGACGUGGUCGUCUCCAUCAGCAGAAACCCCUGUUGCUACAAACUGGCCUGGGACUUCCUCCGAGCCAACUGGCACACCAUGAUCAAGAAGUUUGACCUUGGCUCUAACACUGUAUCAUUCAUGGUGACUGGGGUGACCAGACAGUAUUCUACCAGGGAGAUGCUAGAUGAGGUACGAAGCUUCUUCGGCUCGCUGACCGAGGAGAUGGGCUCCGAGAUGAGGUGUAUCCAGCAGACCUACGAGACCAUUGAGGAUAACAUCCGCUGGAUGGACACCAACCUUCCUCUGUUGCAGGCCUGGCUGGACAAACGCAGCCACAAAGUGCCUCAUGACGAUUUAUAGCAGAAACUACUAGAAGCGUGGACUCAAGUCACAAAUUGGAUGACUUUGUAUUUGACGACCACAAUCAAAAAGCCUCGCAACUCAACUUUGUCUUGAACAACAAUAACUCCUGACUUAACUUGGACGGUAGAUUUUAUCCCCAAAGACUGAAAAACAUCACAACAAGAAUUACCAUGCUUUAGAAUAGACCUUGUGCCAUCUAAGCUUGCCUUAUUUGAUACCCCAAAACUGACUGACCUUAGUACCAUUUUUCAAGGAACCGUCUGGGUUCCCUCAUUCUUGCGAUUCCAAGAACCCAGGACGUUUUUAUCCAGAAAUUACUCUUGGAGUGCUGUUUCCUGCUGAAAGUGCUCUGCAGUAGACACAACACCUGAAUAUUUCUGCUCAGAGUUAGUGUGUGUUUGUGCAAGUGUGUGUGUGUGUGUGUGUGUGUGUGUGUGUGUGUGUCUGUGUUUUGGGGGUGAAGUGGGGGUGUUGAUAUUUAUUCGUACCGCAUUACGACUGCAGAAAACAACAUAAAUAUUUUACAGUUUUGUGCAAACAGUAAAUUCUGCACAAAAGAAAUGUACUGCACUCACUCAGAAAUCUGAUUUUUCUCAGAUAUUCAGGUACCAGACCACUCCUUCUCAUGAAAAAACAAAAAACCCAAAAACAAAACUGAACAUGCCCUCUAGAGAAAGUAGCCCAAAAGAGGCUUACUGCCCACCAGCCUUCAGUAAAACUGCUGCAAAAAUGUGGGAAUAUCCACAAAAGCUAUACCUGAAUCAAUUCUGAAAAGAAAUCGAGAGCUUUUGAACCAUAAUUGAGAUAAACAUGUUUAAAACUCAGGAUCACACUACUGUACGGUCAGAUCAGAUACAGUUUUUGCACUGUUUGAAGUUCCAACACCACUGGUCUUCCUUGGUAACAUUUAUAAAAAUUCACAUAUAGCUGACAAAAGAAAAUGCAAUACAAGGAACAUGUCAUCACAAUAAAGCCUGUGAUUUAUUCAACACAGAAGUGGAUUUCUUAUUUUUACACUAUUGUAAAAUCUCUCUUUUGUACGGCAGGAUUCAUAGCAAUUCUUUUAUUUUCCAAGGACUAUAUGUGUUGGUUGAAUUAAAUAAUGGACCAGUAAAGUUAAAAAAUUCCCUGAAUUUCCAUUGGGAUUUCGAUUAUUGUAUUGUAUUCUGUUAUUCCCUAACGGUAAUUUAUUAAACCUUGCAAGUUCAGCCCUGGGAGUUAUAUGGA